GCGACCCCAUGACAAGUUAUCACCGCUCAAGCACUCGACAAUUCAUAUUUACUAGGGCAUCUGCGAAGUACCCUGAUAAGCAGCUUUUAUCCGAAUGACAGAAAAUUAUAUUGCACUUUUUCCCUCGCUGAUUACAUGAUAGACAAGGUUCAAGCGCCAAGUAGGCAUUUUAUCCACCAGCCGCUAUCAGUGGUCAUGUCCCCAUAAAUCUUCCUGCGCGACAUUCUUAAAUCAGGUUUUUGUCCUUCGCUUGUCCUCUUUGACCGGUCUCAUAAGCAACUACGGCGGUUGUCGCGAAACUUUACCACACCAACUCCCGAUCAUUUUCAGUGUCAACACAUGGAUCCCCCAAGGUCUAACACGACAGUUCGAGUAGCCACGGAUCUAGGUCCUGCGAGUCAAUUUGCAAACUCGCCCAUGACUGUUAUCGAGCUGAAGGGCCGGACACCUCAAGAAAAGGGCGAGCAUUAUCUACAAUUAUCACUGGCAGCCUUGAAAGAGCUCGCCGGCUUGUUGGAAGAACCGCGCCUCUCAGCAACUGACAAAGCUACCUACCAUGAAGCCUACAUGUCUAAUAGAGAUCGAUAUGAUGACCUGGUAGGACUCAGAGACCAAAUCUUGGCACAGAGGAAAUCUUUUCGCAAGUUCAUUGUAAACCUUUUCGUUCGCGAGUCGGAUGCCAAGCGUUUUCAUAAAUUCACAUAUCGGAAUUAUGCGGCUAUCAAAAGAACUUCGGAAGACCUGACCAGACGAUUGCUGCCGGGUACGGAAGAUAUCUUUGCUUCAGGAAGCCCAGGAGGGUCCGCACAAGGCGAUGUUUCUUUUUCUGAGGAGAGUCCGCGUGAUGUGGUAGGAGGCAAUAUUUUGGUUAGAGAUCUUCCUCCGAACGAAACUAUCCGAGGCAUUAAUAUGGAUGUACAAACUGAACAAGAAGCCAACGACGUCCUUGCGAUGCUGAAUCAAAUCGCAAUCUCCGGAGGAGAAGAAGACGAAGAUGAUACUCAAACCAUCAGACCCUCGACCUCACAGAGCAGACCACCGUCUCCUAGCCCAAGCUUCACAAUCAAUGUUUACAAUGAUUAUUCCAGCCAUUAUAACCACAGCGUGGUGUCUCUUGAUUCAGAAAUGAACGGAAUAACCAUUAACAGUGGGGUGAAUGGAGGCGUCGGUUCUCAUCUGAAUUCUGCUGAUACCAAUCAGCACAUCUUUCCCUAGCUUUCGUCGACCUUAAGCGAGCGCUCUCAUUGGUGGAGAGGACUACUGGCCUGAGUGUAGGAUAGAGGUUACUGGCCUAGUCCAAACGGGGAGUGCAGUUUGGAUCAAACUGGCGCGCUUAACUUUGUAGAU